AUGAAGCAGUUGGCGAUCGCGCAUUGGUCAAGAUGGUCACUGGCAGACAAUGAGGCGGCUCGUGUCCUGGCAUCGCACCGCCAUCGCCACCCUCACCCCACACGCCACAGCAUGCCCUUGCCAGUAGAUCCUCCCCCGCUGCCGGCCAGCGUCCCUCCGAAAGGCUUGCUCUUUGGCACAUUCCUGCAGAUAUCUGGUCAGGCAUGCGAGUACUGCCUACAAGCCCCCUCGCCGGAGAGAUUCUCGCGCUGCUCGAAGUGUCGGAGAGUCAAGUACUGCGGUGCAGCUUGUCAGGCUCAAGACUGGGAAGCGCAUAAGGAGCUUUGCUCUCGCUUGCGUGAGAUCAACGAGGCAGAGGCUGCUGAGUCGCUACCUCGAGGCAAGUUAACCCCUGACGAAUACGGAGAGCGGGUGAAAGCUCGACUUGCCAUCCUCGCCAAGUCCAAGUCGACUUUAGACCCUGUCUACGUCCAGAACGCCGUCAAAUGCGAAGUAUGCCUGCUCACGCCGUUCCAGAAGCAGGAAUUCUCGACCUUCCACAAGUGCAAGCGCUGCAAACUCGCAUGGUGGUGCUCAGCCGAAUGCAAAGCCACAUUCGUCCGCGCGCAUACGCCUCAGCAAUGCGACGCGCUCUUCGAGUUGCACUGUACGGAGCGCUUCAACCUCGACUAUACGCUCAACCGUCGCCAGAUCAGGACUAUCAACUUCGUCACACCUCAGGCGCGCACGACGUACAAGCCGAUGUCCUCCCUGACCGGCUGGGACGACUACUUCAGGCAUCACUUCCCGGACUACUACGCCUGGACCAUGAACGGCGCCGCCGAGUUCGCCGCCGGCAACCCGGACUCGAAGGCAGCCGUGACGGCGCUUACGAAGGAGGCUCUCGUCUUCCCUCUAACAAUCGCCACGACGCUCGAGACGGCUCUGCCGGACAUGCCGACCCGCACCUCGCUCACAAUACACGUCGUCGGCGCCGGCGACCGCGAGCUGCUCUCGCAAGCGACGCUCGAGAACAUCCUGCACUGCUACCCGCGCCUCCGCACGCUCAAGUUCUGCUUCGUCGGCCCCAAAGCCGAUCCGCAUCUCUGGCCUGCAAACGUGGCGUGCCAGGCGUGCGCUGCGAAGGGGCGCUCGCGGCAAGUGCUGUACGCGCCCAUGAAGUACGACAAGUGCCCGUGGGCGCCCCACAAUGCACGCAACGAGCAUGCGCCGGACUUCAUCGUCUGCUUCAACUCCGCGAUGCUCGAGUCGGAAUCCGCGAUCGACUCGUGGUCGGACACGGUGCCGACUAUACUCGACUCGGGCGUCCCGGCGCUCUUCACCGCGGCCACGCGCGCCGACGCGUUCAUGGAGGUCGGCAUGUUCCGCGCGGAGCGCGCGCGGUUUCUUGUCAAGAUGCGGAAGAAUGGGUUUCAUGGGCCGGUGCAUGUGCCGAAUGUGUACGAGGCGGUGGAGGGCGGGCCGCAGACUACGGCGUAUAAUAGCCAUUACUUGUAUAUGGUCCGGGGAUAUCUGGACAGUUAG